UGGACCAAUGCAGCAGGACGCAUGUCUACUUCGUUUGUUCUGGCAUUUAAUGCAGCUGUGCUGUUGUUUCAUGCACAUCCCGGUACAGUAUAUUUAAAAAAUAAUAAUACAAUCGCUUAAUGGGCGGGACUUAAGCAAUGCAGAUGAUGAAAUAGGGUAUGGCGCUUGGUAUCCAGGAAGGCAAGCUUUUUGGAAGCGAGCGAAGAAAAGUAAAAGGCACACAUCGGGAACAUGGAGUGGAAAGAAGGGAAUGCAUGCCGCCAUCAUGGGCAUGGGCACGGGCAUGGGCAUGGGCAUGGGCUUAGACAGGGAUUCCUUGGACAUCCUGGACAGAUGGAUCAAACGACAGAUGAACGCACACAACAACCCAAAAGCCUUUCGUUCGAAGAUGACCAAAGCAACUGGGACAUUGUAAAAGCUACACAGUAUGGGGCUCUGGAAAGGUGUAAGGAGCUUGUGGAAGCUGGUUAUGAUGUCCGACAGCCAGACAAAGAAAAUGUUUCUCUCCUUCACUGGGCAGCUAUCAACAACAGAGUGGACCUGGUCAAGUAUUACAUUUCUAAAGGUGCAAUAAUAGAUCAACUGGGUGGAGAUUUAAAUUCAACUCCUCUUCACUGGGCUGUAAGGCAGGGUCAUUUGUCAACAGUGGUCGCGCUGUUGAAAUACAGAGCAGAUCUUGCACUGAUAGAUGGAGAAGGGUAUUGCAGUAUUCACCUGGCAGUCCUGUUCCAGCACAUGCCCAUUAUAGCUUAUCUUCUUGCAAAAGGGCAGGAUGUGGAUAUGCCAGAUUUAAAUGGACAGACACCUUUGAUGUUAGCAGCUCAGAAAAUCAUUGGACCUGAGCCUGCUCACUUUCUCCUUAAGUUUAAUGCUUCAGUCAGUGCUGUGGACAAGGUACAUAAAAACACCCCUCUGCACUGGGCAGUGAUGUCAGGCAAUGGCAAUGCAGCUCAUUUUAUAUUGGAAGCAGGAGCUGAUGUGGAUGCCCAGAACGCGAAGGGAGAGACGCCUCUUGAUCUUGCUCAUCAGGUUAGGAACCCCCAACUGAUUCACAUGCUAACACAAGUGAAGCAGGAGAGAAAUAACGCCAGCAUGAUGAUUUUCAGGAGAUUGGAAAGAUACAAGUUCCAUUUGGUCUUGCUGUUUUGCAUUUGUGUGCUGUGGGCAAUAGGAUUCAUAGCUGACAUGAAUUCAGAAUCAUGGUUGCUUAAAGGAACUCUCUUUGCCUGCAUGUUUGCAGUAAUUCAUCUUGUUACAAGGCGGUUCAUGGAUUCUCAGGUCCAGGCCUUCUUGCCUGCAGCUCUUCUCCUGGCCUCGAUCUUCUGGGUGUUUGUGACCUGGUUUGUUUUGUUCCUGCCAGAUCUGCCUGAGCCUGUCUUCCAGAUCCCCUUUACCAUCAGUCUUACAGGACUCCUGUAUUUCUAUUACAAAAGCUGGAGAACAGACCCUGGGUACAUCCGAGCCACAGAAGAAGAUAAGAAACAGAAUGUUAUCACUCUUGCAGAGGCAGGCUGCCUAGAAUUGGGGCUGUUUUGCAGCUCAUGUCUUGUGCACAAGCCUAUGCGAUCAAUGCAUUGUUUUCAAUGUGACAGCUGUGUGGCAAGACAUGACCAUCACUCUGUCUGGACUAAUGGCUGUAUAGGUACUGGAAAUCAUCGCUAUUUUUUCGGAUUUGUGUUUUUCCUCUCACUUCUUGGAGGGUGGAUGUUCUAUGGGACCAUUGUGUAUUGGUCAUCUCACUGCCCGACUAACUAUCAGGAGGAUGGUGUGUGGGGAUUUGCAACUCAGAUUGUUUCCUGUUCUCCCUGGGUGAUGUUCGUAUUUGUUGUAGUUUUCAUUCAUACCUCAUGGUCUUCUCUCCUUCUACUGACACAGCUGUAUCACAUUGCUUUCUUGGGUUUGACUGUAACUGAAAGAUUAAAUCUUUUGAAGCGUUUAAAAAGAUCCAGGCGUCCAAUGUCAAUCAGGCAAAACCCAUACAAUUUGGGUUGUUUCAAGAACAUUGUGAAUUUCUUCCAGUUGAGGUGCUUUGGCCUGUUUAAACCAAACAUCGUUGACUGGACUCAGCAGUACAAUGUAUCUGUUCACUCGCAACAGCCAGUGCCUGGUGACUUGCAAGCAGUAUAAAAGGUUUAUUGGUUUGGUAAAUGAUUGAUAUUUAAAUUCUAGACAUUACAGCUAUCAAAACUGCAUUUGAUGAUAUUUAUAUAUAUAUAUAUAUAUAUAUAUAUAUAUAUAUAUAUAUAUAUAUAUAUAUAUAUAUAUUUUUUUUUUUUUCUCUAUUGUAUUGUCAAUUGUUAUAUGUUCUCUUGCAAUGAUUUAAGACUAAUCAGAGUGAUUUUCCCUGAAUAUGUUUCCUGCUUUUGUAUGAUUAGUUAAUUAAUGUCCAAGGUUAAAUAAGUCUACAGUAGCUCACCUGGUAGAAGCGCAGCCGCAUGGUGUAUAGGGCGAGUCAUACAGUGCAGGUUUGCUUCCUGGCUGUGUGGAGUCGCCAGUCUUCACUGGAGAUUCCGAAGGGAGUGCCACAUUAGCUCUGGCACUCCCGUGGGUUAUGGAGGCAAAACUGGCAGGGACUGUUUCUCCUCAUAGCGCCUCAGUGAACCCUGCUGGCAGGAGCCCAGUGAGCUCCAAAGCAGACACCUGCAGGGCUGACCUUUGUCCUCCACAAGUCAGUAGCGUGACUGGCAUCCGCUCUCAAGUUCCUGGGUGUAAAGAGGAAGCUGGCUCAGUCGUGGGAUCGGAGGACGCACACUGAACCUUCAGUUCUCUAGAGCUGUGUGGGGAAUUUCUGCGGGGAAGGGAAAAAAUAAUGGACAUUCUAAAUUGGGGAGAAAUAAUUGUGAACUAUUUCCUGUGCAUUUUAUAUUUUAAAUUUUUUUUAUACAAAAAAAAAUUAAGACAUUAAAACUUUACAUGUUCUGUAUUGUGUUUUCUAUAUAUUCAGACCUUAGAAAGUAACAGAUCCUUGCUCAGUAUUCCUAAUCCAGUAUGAGAGAUGAAUUGGGUGAAGCCCUAGACUACAACCACAAUCUUUAGGAAAUUACAAAAGCACCGAAGAAACAACAGUCUAGUUGACUUAAUUUUACCUUGCGGCUUUCUUAAUGUUUUUUUACUUAAUUUGUGCUAUUUUUUGAACUUUGGGUUUAUAAAACAAUGGAUAAAGUUUGUGUUCUGCUGUUUUAAGCACUAUAACGUUGUUUUUAUAUCACAAAAUUAUCUUAUUUAGUAACCUUAAAUAAACAAAAAUCAAUA